CCGCCAAUUGCAGCGCACAUUCGAGUGACACUUCCUCCCAUCAGCUGUUAUUGUUUUGCUGUAUGAACAGUGGACGUUAAUGUCAUAAUAGCAGUAACGGUGUUGUUGGGCGAACGUGAACCCACUUGGUGGACGGUUGUUAUCGUCGAUUUUGUCAUUUAGGCACCGUUUGCUCGCCCCCGCCUUUGCGUAUCACCCGGGUUCGUCAGUCCGGACAUUCUUCUCCCUGAGCACUGUGAGCGUGGCGUUUGGAGUCGGGGCAGCGGGAGGAGGGGAAGCGGGGCCCGGCGGGGAUCGACCCGAGCCCAAGGCCUCUGAGGUCGGCCAGCGAGAGGACAGGAAACUGGCGGCCCAGAUGGACUCCCAGGGCGAAGUGGACGGCGCCCCUGAGAUGCUGCGAGGCUUCAUUUGUGCCUCCUUCAACCAGGACACCACUUCCCUGUCAGUGGGCACCAAGACUGGCUACCGUCUCUUCUCUGUCACCGCUGUGGACAAACUGGACUGCAUCCACGAAGGAGUGGAGUGUCCCGAUGUGUGCAUCGUGGAGCGGCUGUUCUCCAGCAGCCUGGUGGUGGUGGUGAGCCAAUCCAUGCCGCGGCGAAUGAACGUCUAUCACUUUAAGAAAGGUACUGAGAUUUGCAACUACAGCUAUACCAACAACAUCCUCUCCGUCAGGCUCAAUCGACAGCGGCUGGUGGUGUGUUUGGAGGAGUCCAUUUACAUCCACAACAUCAAAGACAUGAAGUUACUCAAGACCUUGCUCAACACCCCCACCAAUCCUUCAGGUCUCUGUGCCCUGUCUGUCAACCAUGGUAACUCCUAUUUGGCAUACCCUGGCAGUGCUACCAUUGGAGAGAUUACUGUGUAUGACGCAAACAACCUGAGCACUGUGACGCUGAUCCAGGCCCAUGCCAGUCCCCUGGCGGCCCUCACAUUCAACGGCUCUGGCACCAAACUGGCCAGCGCUUCAGAGAAGGGCACUGUUAUCAGGGUAUUCAGCAUUCCUGAAGGACUGAGGAUGUUUGAAUUCCGGCGAGGGAUGAAGAGAUAUGUCAGCAUUAGUUCGCUGUCCUUCAGCGCUGAUGCCCAGUUCCUGUGUGCCUCCAGCAACACUGAGACGGUCCAUAUCUUCAAACUAGAGCAAAACAGCCCGAGUCAAGAGGAGGAGUCUCCCACAUGGUCUGCAUAUGUCGGCAAAAUGUUCACAGCUGCCAGCACCUACUUGCCGGCUCAGGUGUCCGACAUGAUGCAUCAGGACAGAGCCUUCGCCACCGUGCGGCUUAACAUGUUCGGCUUGAAGAACAUCUGUGCCCUGGCCACGAUUCAGAAGCUGCCUCGCCUGCUGGUGGCGUCAUCCGACGGGUAUCUUUACAUCUAUAAUGUGGAUCCACAGGAUGGAGGUGAAUGCGUGCUGGUCCAAAAACACAGGUUGUUUGAUGACAGCGAGGAGCAGGUGGGAGAGACGGAAGAGGAGACAUCAGGGGAGGUUUCCAACCAACCGGUCAGUCAAUCAUACGCUGCCACUGUGGCGCUCCCAUCAAGCCCGCCCACCUCCACCACACUCGUGGGAUACUCCGAGGAUGGUGGAGCCCAGAAGGGGGAGGUCUUCCCCGAGCAUGAGUUUGCAGAAGGCCCCGUGUGUCUGGAUGAUGAAAAUGAAUUCCCCCCAGUCAGCAACUAAAUUAACUGUCAAAGCCCCACCCGUCUCCUUGUAUCCCUGACUGAAUGGACAAAAGUCCCUUCUCACAUACUGUCACACAUACCCCUGCAGGUCGAGGGUCAUAUCCUACCGGAAUGUUACACUCUGGUCUUUCUGGAUUCUGUGUAGCUCAAUAAAUACAUGACCUGAGAGUGCAAAGUUCACUCAUUAGGAACAUCUCAUGAUGAAAAAUCCCCUACACUGAUAGAACAAUAGUGAAGGUGAUGUAUGUUACUUCAUUGAUUCUCAAGAGCGAACCAGCAUUUGUAGGUUGGCGAGGGUCACAUUAGGCCUGGUACAUCGCCAUGGUAACUUGUUUUGUUGACUUAAACCAGGUACAUUUGAGAUAACCAAUCAAACAUGACACGAGCAAUGCGUAUUGACUCGGUCAACAUUCCCUAAAGAACCUACUGACCUUUUAUGUCACUGUUUGUGCUAAUGUACUGAGUAUUAGGGCCACACAGAACAAUACAUGCAAAUGUCAUUUACUUACAACCAUAAAGUAGAAUUAUUUUUUUAGCAGAAAGUAUGGUUUAGUAGUUAAUUAAGUUCCAAUACUGAGGACAAUGGUCAUAAUUUUUAGAAAGAAAAGUCAUAAUAUCUGGAGAAUAGUCUUAAUUUUCACACAAAAAAGGUUUACGAUUGCAAAAAUAGUCCUAACUUUAAGUGGAAAAAGUAGUCAUUUUACUAGUAAAAAUAUAAUAAUUUCAAAAGAAAAGUUUGAAAAAAAAGCCAUAAUUUUACUAGAAAAAAAGUAUUAAAUUGAUAGAAAUAAAGUCAUAAUAUGAUUUUUCCACAGCAGUUAUGUAUUGUGAGGACAAAGUUAAAAUUUUAUCAGGAAAAAAGUAAUCAUUUUGUGAGAAUAAAAUCAUAAUAUUGUGAGAGGAAAAGUAAUCAUGUGGUCAAAACGAUUUUUAAUCUAUAUAUUAUGAAAAUAUUUCAAGAAUAAACUUGGAUUUUUAAGUGGAAAAAGUAGUCAUUUUACAAGAAAAAUACGAAUAAUUUUACAAAAAAUGUAAGAACAGAGACACAAUUGUAUUAGAAAAAACAAGUAUUUGAUUGGAAUAAAGUUGUAAUAUUAAGAGAAUGCAAUUAUUUCUGACAGCAAUGACAUAUAGUGAGGACAGAGUUGUAAUUUUAUCAGGAAAAAGUAAUAAUUUUGUGAGAAUAAAAUCCUCACAUUGUGAGAGGAAAGUAAUAUUUUGACCAGAAUUUUUUUUUCUGUUAUGAAAAUAUUGCAAGAACAAAGCUGAAAUUUUAAGUGGAAAAAGUAUUCAUUUAACAAAAAAAAAAGAAUAAUUUCAGAAAAAUAAUGUGAAAACAAAGCAUGAAUUUACUAGAAAAAAAAUAUUACUUUCAUUAUAGUCGUAAUAUUAAUACAUUAUGAUUUUCUGACAGCGAUGACCAACGUAUUGUGAAGAAAAAGUUAGAAUUGUAUUAAUAAAAUUACCUUGUGAAUAUAGUCAUACUGUGAGGAAAGUAAUAUUUUGACCAGAAUUCUGAAAUAUUGCAAGAAUAAAGUCGUGAUUUUACGCGAAAAAAUUGCUAAUUAAUGACAAUAUUGCAAGACUAAAGUUGGCCUUUACAAAGUCACGAGAAUGAGCUUGUACACCUUAUCUUGCAUCAAAUUUUAGUUUAGUGAGUUACAUGUUCCCAUAAAUAUUCUAAUUACCAUUGUUUUUCCUUUCGUGUGGCCUUAAUACUCCUGUAAUUAUGAGUAGACUUGCAGUAUCUUGAAAGUACUUUCAAAAUAAGAAGUAGUACUAAGAGGUGAAACGGCUCCUACUUGAAAUGUAAACGUCAUACUCGUAGCUUCUUGAAGUCUUUGACGUCAUACAGUAUACAUACUUUUCUAAAGCGCAUAUCUUGACCAAUGCUAGUUAAUUAGCAGGCCUAUUCUAUACCUUACAGCACAAACGUUGGGAAAAUGAGCUUUUUGUGUAAUCCUGAUGAAAACAAACCAAAGGGAGCGGGUGAAAAACCUCAGUGGUGGUUAUUCAUCUCAAACUGAGAUGUCUUGUUUUUUUUAUAUUUCUGCGCAGAAGGCUCCUUGCGAAGAAUGCAGUUCAAAUCUACUGUGCGGGCAUUUUUUAAAAUUCUAUUUAAAUAAACAUUACUGUGUAUGUUUUAGUCGCCAUCACCUCAAAAUACAAGUAUUCCACACAGGAGAGCAUUUAAAUCUAACAAGUUUGAAGUAUGAGGAUGCAGCUGUGCUACUAAUUGUAUUAACUUAGAUAUCAGGAUGUGAGACGAGUGAAGGAGCCAGUGGAUAUAAAUGGGAAUCCGAUGAAGUGAUAAGUCCUUGAAUUUCAGACUAUUUGCGACACGAUGCUGAAUAUGUUAAGUCAUGUUUAUUUUUACUACGUGGGUAAAAGUAUUAAACGCAAACUGACAGUGAAUAGCUAUAUUUUGAAGAUUUUUUUUUUUUUACUAUGUGUAAAAUGUGUAUAUAACAUAUGUAACACCAUAAUUAUGCCAAAAGGUGGCGCCCUUAGGACACCUUACACUACAUUGCAUUGUACCAUACUGACAAUAAAGAAUAGGGAAAAAAAGGUU